GAACUGUUUCUUCUUGCUCCGUUCUAAUAAGAAGUGUUCCAGUUAUGUAUACAUAUUUAACGAUAAGCAAAUAACUUAAAAUUGAAAUAACUUAAAAGCUGCUGUCGUUCACAUGUUGGUCACCGCGUCUGCUGUUGCCAAGUAACCGUGGUAUCUGCGUGAGGAAGCUAAGCUUUGCAAUUGCACAAGGAGCGGCAGCCAGGAGCAGUUGUGGAUUUAGAAUGGCUGAACGACCCCUGGGUUCUGAAUUGUGACGUCCUCUGUUCUCGUGCAGUGGCUGUCAGUCCAUGGCCACCCGUAUAGAACAGCUCGCGAGGCCCAAACCGAGCCACCUGAAAUGGCCCGACCGUCGGUCGGUGUACUGGCUGGACGAACUGCCCGGGAGAAGAAGAGGAGGCCCAACCACCUUCGAGCUGACGCCCCGCUGGUUGGCGCUGUGUGACGGCAAGCCCCCCCGAGCCGGAUUUCAGGACAACAGGAGGCCCCCCGUAUGGGAGGUGACCGCUGCAGCACUCAGAGGUGCCCCAUCAGAGAGAGUCUGUUCCCUGGCUCAGCCCCGCCUUCCCGUCCAGGGCUGGCAGCCCGGCCGCCCCCUGCUGGCCAAACCGAAGCCGUCUGCCUGCUCUACAGUGCCCAGCUCCCGGGUGUGUGAGCUGGCGUGCCCCAGGAAGACCAGGCCCCCUUCGCUGCUGCUGGGCGACGCCCGGCCGUCCCUCUCCGGCCUGAGGACGCGAACCCCGUCCACCCGAAUUCACCACCUCGCCGUGCCCAAGCUCACUCACCCUCAGUACCUGCAGGGCCGGCCGGUGUCCUGGCCCGUCCUGGGCCCGGCGCGGGAGGCGGUGGCCAGCGACAGGGUGCGGGUCCUGGCCCAGCCCAAACUGCGCCAGGUGCAGGAGAAGGGGUACGACCCCUUCACCGUCCGGCCGGCCGCCUGCCGAGCCAGCGCCACGCCCAGGAUCCUGGAGCUCAGCGAGCCAUUACCGCGGAAACGCUGGCAGAAGUAGGCGUGGCCAAGCGGGAGGGACAGGGCAGCGCUCUUCUCUCUAGCGCCCCCUACUGAGUGUCCUCAAAAACGUGUUCUCCAAAGGAUCCCUCCAGCAUCACCUAAACGUCUAGAACGGCGCUGCCCAGCCCUGCUCCUGGAGAUCUUUCAUCCUGUAGGAUUUUCACUCCAACCUUAAUUUUGGCACAGACCUGAUUCUACUGAUUAGCAGCUCAGUGAGAUCUCUAGCUGUUGAGUGAGGUGUGCUUUGCUAGGGCUGGAGUGAACCAACCUACCGAUUGGUAGAUGUCCAGGGACAGGGUUGGGCAGCCGUGGUCUAGCAACAUUCACUCCCGAACAUCCCUGAAACGUUUCCCCCCAAACAUCCAGACAAUAUUUCCUACCAAAUGUUCUUCCACAUCGCCUUCCAAUAACGUCCAGGGAACUCCUCCUCCCCAAUGUCCUGCCAGGCUCUCCUCCCAAAUAUCCUUUUUUUUUUUUAACGAUCAUUCAGGGAUGUGUCCAGUUGCAUCUUUAUAGCUAAAUAACCAAACCUUUCGCCACCUCGUUGGUGAAUCAGCUAAUAUUUCUUUGAAAAAGGAGUUGUCUUACACCCAGUAAAAUGCAGAUGUCAUGAAGAAGCUAUCCCUUCAUCAGCUCCACAUCAACGGUGCCUCACAAUCUACGAACAGACAAGGCUGAGAACGUACCUUUAAACUGCUUAUUUAUGCUGAUGAACUAACCCACAUUUUUUGUAGUGAUCACUCACCUGUGAUUCUCAGGUUACUGCAACACCAUUGUGUUACCUUUGUGCAUUUGGAAAUAUACAGCUAUAUAUGAAAUAUGAAAUGUGAACAAGGAGGUAACAUAAAAUCAUUGCUUGAAAAGAGUUGCUUUUGAAAAGAUGUUUCUUUGUUGUUUGUUUUAUUACAAUUGACGUAAAGACCGUAAAAAAAAAAGGAAUUUUACAGGUAAUGCUGGGUGAUCCACAUUUUAAUUCAUUUUGAUUUAAUAACCAAAAACAUAUUCCAGGAUUCAGUAUCACAUCCCGCUUCUCUGCUGGUGUCUGUGGAAUAACAGCACUGUAGACCUAUUUCAUCCCUGGUGUGAGAGUAGCGAGACAAACACAAAAGAUGAACGUACAAACAUUUUGUGACAUAAACAACUUGCCACAGUAAACAACUUGGUUUUAGUGUGUGAGCCCAUGUUGCCUGUCUGGUUCUGGGCAUUGUAUCUGACAUGACCCUGAAACCAUGCUUUAAAACAACAGGGGAAAAAUGCACUGUGUGUGUAUACUGUAAUUUGUAAUACAUUUAAGACUUGCACAAAUAUUCCCCCAUUGUAUAACUGGAUGUUAAUACCUGUUAAGUUAAAUAAAAUCAUUCUUAAAACUGC